AUGGUCCUCCACAACCCCAACAAUUGGCAUUGGGUCAACAAGGAUGUUUCUCCAUGGGCCAAGGAGUUCCUCGAGAAGGAUCUGACAGACCUCUCGGCCGAAGGUGGUGGCGUGUCUGCAAAGAUUGACAAGGUCGUCAGCAUGGACGGAGACGUCGAUGUGAGCCAGCGGAAGGGCAAGGUGAUCACCCUCUUCGAUGUGAAGCUGAAGCUGGAAUACUCUGGCAAAACAAAAGACGGGGAAGAAGCCAGUGGUACCAUCACGAUACCGGAGGUGGCACAUGACACGGAGGAAGAUGAGUACGUCUUCGAUAUAGACGUAUACUCCGACGCUAGCAGCAAACAACCUGUCAAAGAUCUUGUCCGCGCAAAGAUCGUUCCUCAACUGCGCGAACACCUCCAGAAGCUUGGCCCUGCCUUGAUUGCAGAGCACGGGCGUGAUAUCCAACAUGCCCCGGGUGAUGAUCCGUCCACUGGUUGGGCUUCACCAAAAGUCUACUCGAGCUCCUCAGUCAACAAAUCAGCCUCGGAACCCAAGUCAUCGUCGGCGCCUACGACCCAGGGAGGCUCAUCCGGCCCGCACGUCAACGUGACUACUCUAGAGGAGAGCACCGAGUUCCGUACUACUGCUGCCGAGCUUUACAAGACAUUCACCGACCCAGCUCGUAUGGCUGCUUUCACUCGCUCCCCACCCAGCGUGUUCACUGGUGCUGUAAUAGGAGGUCGCUAUGAACUCUUUGGCGGCAACGUAUCUGGAGAGUACACAGUGUUGGAGGAGCCGACCCACAUCGUACAGAAGUGGCGUCUGGCGCAGUGGCCGCAGGGCCACUACUCUACACUAUCCAUCCAUUUCGAUCAGAACGACGUCGACUCUGUCACUGUCAUGCGAGUCGAAUGGAAGGGCGUCCCCAUCGGCCAAGAAGAGCCGACCAAGCGAAAUUGGGGAGAGUACUACGUGCGAAGCAUCAAGACGACAUUCGGAUUCGGAACGGUUCUAUAG